AACUGGCCUUUGUAUUACGCGCAUGCGUAAAAAUUACCUCUUUCAUCAUCACUCGAAUCCCCAGCUUGCCGAGGAGAAGUGCAUAGAAAGAACCAUAUCGAAUGGCUGCCGCAGUGUCUGCAGUGUUUCUACGAAGCGGCCGCCGCCUGGAGAAGGCCUUUAGGUCAAGCGUUUUGCUGACAUCGCUACGGUCCGUAUCAACGUUCAAGGUAAGUGUGCUAAUACCCAGGUAAGGACCCCUACCUAAUUACUCAUAAUGACUAUAAUAUAUUGAGUUUACCUGGUGGCAAGUGGCGAGUGAAGUCGUUGGUAAUGUCUCAUUCCCAAUCUUGGUUCCAGCAUGAGGGAAUAGAAGUCAGCCUUACCCAGGACCCACGACCCAAGUCACCGGUCGAAGACCUCACAUUCGGGGCCGAAUACUCGGACCACAUGCUAUUGGUCAACUGGACAAAGAUCGACGGAUGGGACACCCCGAAAAUCGUCCCGUACGGAAAUCUGAGUCUGUCACCUGCUCUUAGUGCACUUCACUAUUCUACUGAGUGUUUUGAGGGAAUGAAGGCAUUCAAGGGAGUAGAUGGAAGAGUCCGUCUGUUUCGACCGAUGGAGAACAUGAAGAGACUCGGCAGAUCUGCCGUGGCCGCCAGCUUACCUGAAUUCGACAAGGAGGGUUUCCUGGAGUGCAUCAAGGACCUUGUCAGGGUUGACAGAGAUUGGGUCCCUCAGCCGACGGAGACCAUCAAACACCCUUCUCUCUACAUCAGACCUACCUUCAUUGGCACCGAGCCAUUCCUAGGAGUCCGAGAGCCCCACAACUCCCUCCUCUACUGCAUCACCUCACCUGUCGGCCCCUACUUCAAGACUGGCACGUUCCAACCAGUUUCUCUGUAUGCCGACCCCGCCUUUAUUCGGGCGUGGCCAGGCGGAGUCGGGGAGUCUAAGAUGGGCGGGAACUAUGGCCCAACAAUACGUAUUCAGAGGAUUGCUGAGGCCAAAGGUUACACCCAGGUACUGUGGCUGUUUGGAGAAAACCACGAGCUGACAGAGGUUGGAACGAUGAAUAUCUUUGUUCACUGGAUCAACGAAGAUGGAGACCCAGAGAUAGCCACGCCUCCUCUGAGUGGUACCAUUCUUCCCGGAGUGACUAGAUUGUCUCUUCUGGAGCUGGCUGCCACUUGGGUUAUUCUCUUUCUCUCUCUUUCACACACACACACACACACUUAAUUCUUAAAUUUGUUAACCCAGGGAAGUCACAAGGUUGUUGAGAGGACAAUAACUAUGGAUGACGUCAGGAAAGCAGUGAAAGAAAACAGACUGAAGGAGAUGUUUGGAGCUGGAACAGCUUGUGUAGUUUGUCCCGUCGCCAAAAUAGCAUUCUUGGAUGAGCAUUUGACAAUACCGACGAUGGAGAGUGGGGCUGAAGUAGCUCAGAGAUGUCUGAAAGAACUGACUGACAUUCAGUACGGCACGUGGAACACGAAUGGGCAGUGGUCAUUGACUGAAGAAAACAGAACACUAUUUUGUACACACUUUUUGCAAGGCUUAGAGCUUUUAGGACAACAACUAAAUUACUAUUGUGUGUUUAUUAUAGAUAAAUGUCAUGUAUUUACUAAAGAAACAGUAUUUUGUAUACCACACCUUAAAAGGUUUUUAUAUAAAAGGUUAUGGGGCUGAAAUGCUAUUGUUUUAAGAAAGAUGCUAAAUGUUCACUGAUAGGCUUGAGAGUGUCAAAUCCCUCGUCGUCAGAUUCUGUUUCAAUUUCACGUUCGACAUCUUCUGAAAUCCUCUUCAACACUCCCCCUCUAGUACCACUCGAGAGAGAAGCUAACAAAGAAGAUGGAGAGGAAGAAGAAGAGGAGUUUUGUUUGAGAGAGAGGAGGAGGGAGAGAGAGGGGUGAAGGAAGGUCUGUCUUCUCUGGAGGUAGUUCUCGCCGGACUGGAGACUUGCCAGGAAGGCUAGAGUGUCAGCUGCAACUCUCUCACAACAGUCAAC